GGGCAGUCGAAUCGUGUAAAGGCAAUCGGCGAAUUAUUUGUGGUGUGCACUCGUUCAAUCACUGUCAUUACAGCGUAACGCUUAGCAGCAAAUUCCCUGAAACAACAUGCCACCAAACUAGGCUGUGUGAUGUUCUGUGACUAUUGCGUGCAGUGACACACUUCGCCUUCAGCGUCUGUGUGCGUCUCUGUGGGAUCAAGCAUCGUUGCUUUAGGACGAUUAUAUCUGAUUCUGGAGCGCGACGCAGAUUCUACCGACCGGUUAUUCGGACCGGCCUGUCCGGCAACAUAGGCUAGGGGAGGCAAAGAAGGCAGACAGAGGAGUGUGUUACUCCAAGAGAUUGGCUGGAAUAAACAUAUUUAUUGUUUCACUGCAGUCAUGAUGCCGAUGAUCCUGACAGUGUACCUGAGUGACAGCCAGCAGAUGCUGACAGAGGUGCCCAUCACCCCAGAGACCACUUGUAAGAAUGUGGUUGAGUUCUGUAAGGAGGCCGGAGAGAACGGGUGUCACCUGGCUGAGGUCUGGAAGGGAAAAGAGAGAGUGAUCCCCUUUGACUACCUGAUGUAUGAGCACCUGCAGAAGUGGGGUUCUAGGAGGAUGGAGGUCAGGUUCUACCUGAGACACGAAGACUCCCCCUCAGAGAGCAGAAACCAGGGGAGCCAGCUCUCUCAGGACCAGUCCAGCAAAGGCAGUAGAGGGAGCUCAGACCAGCCUUGUGAGGACAGGGUGGGGAACCCUAGCGUGGAGCUGUCUCUGUCGGAGCUGCAGGAGAUGGCCACACGUCAACAGCAACAGAUCGAGGCCCAACAGCAGAUGCUGGUUGCCAAGGAGCAGCGUCUGAGGUACCUGAAGCAGCAGGACCACACACAGGGCCAGACAGCGUCAGAGGCUGAGAAGCUGCAGAGGUUGAAGGAGCGAGUGGAGAGUCAGGAGGCCAAACUAAAGAAGAUCCGCGCCAUGAGGGGCCAGGUGGACUACAGCAAGCUCAUCAAUGGCAACCUGUCGGCUGAGAUCCAGCAUGUGAGUGGGCUGUUCCAGGAGAAGCAGGCAGAGCUGCAGUCAGCUGUGGUGAAGGUGGACCAGCUCACCCAGCAGCUGGAGGACCUGAGGAGGGGACGUCUCAAUGGUCUGCAGCCCCUAGGAGGACCUCUCACUGGCACCGCCGCCCUGGAGCUACGCAAACUUUACCAGGAGCUACAGGUGCGUAACAAGCUGAACGUGGAGCAGGGCGGCAGGCUGCAGCAGAACAAGGAGCUGCUGAAUAAGCGCAACACAGAGGUGACCAUGAUGGACAAGCGCAUCUGGGAUCUCCGCGAGCGCCUGCAUAAGAAAAAAGCUGAGGCACGUCAAAAAGAGAACAACCCUCUUAACAGGAUAAAUGGGCCUCCCUCCCCCCAGCCCACCCCCAGCAGCUCAGGGCGCGUGGCCGCUGUGUGUCCCUAUAUCCAGGUCCCCAUCCCAGGCAGACAGGAGGGAGGCUACGCUCUGCCCCCAGACCCCUUAAAACCACACUCUGUCCCUGGGACUGGCCCCAUCAACCAUGGCCGCUCUAAAUCAGCCAAUGAUGCAGUGUGGCCCACCCUGAGUAAAAGUGUCUCCUCACGCCAACCUUCAGAUUGGAGGAAAACCAGCCCAGACCAGAGCCUUGACUCCAGUAAGCUACCAGGAGGAUCCGUGUCCAAACCACCACCCAUCUACGGCACUUACCCUGCACCUACUGGCCACCCGUCUAUAGUCUGCUCUACCAGCUCCCUGCCCAGGUCUGCCCCUGCCACCUUAGCCUGGCAGCGCUCAGCCCCAACCCCUGCACCUCCUGGUUCCUCCUCCCAGCAGAUCCAGCAGCGUAUCUCUGUCCCCCCCAGUCCCACACCCCAGCCUGGCCCGGGAGAGAGGCCUGACCCCCCGCUGGCUGUGGCUGUGAGGCCCUACGUCCCAGACAGGUCCUCCUCCAGGCCUCAGUCCCCCAGGAAGGGCCCAGCCACCAUGAACUCCUCCUCCAUCUACCACAUGUACCUGCAGCAGCCUGCAGCCAAGAGCUACCCAAUAGGAGGCAGAUCUGCUGUCAAAGCAGUGUAUGGGAAACCAGUGCUUCCCUCCAGCACCUCUCCCUCCCCUGUGCCCUUCCAACACGGGGCACUGUCCCCAGGAGGAGGCCUGGGUGGUGGAGAGGACAUGGUGGACAGGGAAGGGGACACCACAGAGGGUAGACUCCUACCCCCUCCCAGUGUGGAGAACAUCCCGCGGCCCCUGAGCCCCACCAAGCUGACCCCCGUGGCCCACUCCCCGCUGCGUUACCAGAGCGAUGCCGACCUGGAGGUCCUGCGCCGGCGGUUGACCAACGCGCCGCGCCCGCUGAAGAAACGCAGCUCCAUCACAGAGCCAGAGGGCCCCACCGGACCCAACAUCCAGAAGCUCCUGUACCAGCGCUUCAACACCCUGGCCGGAGGCAUGGAGGGCAGCAACAACACUCCGUUCUACCAGCCUGUCUUCAUGGGUGGUGUCCUGGGAUGUCCUGACAUGGACAACAUCAACACUGCUAAUGGGAACCUGAUGGAGACAGCCUCCCUUGUGGUCACUGCAGCAGAGGGUCCCAAUUCAGACCAUCGCCUGUCCCCUUCCUCUGACUCCAAUGAAAAUCAGAAGCAGAGGACCCCCCCACCCAGUGAGACCAUUCCCUGCUUGCCCACCCCCCAGCCCAGCCAGGAAGACAACAACAACAACAACCAGCCUGGUCCUACCACCACCAGCACCACCUCCACUCCAAGGCCCAUCCUUGAGGCCUCGUCCCCCCAGCAGAAAGACACCUCUCCCCGGACUGUCACACCCCCGGCACUGCCUAAGAUCAAGAGGACUAACCUGAAGAAGCCUGAGUCAGAGCGGACAGGCCACGGGCUGCGGGUCAAGUUCAACCCCCUGGCCCUGCUACUGGACGCCUCUCUGGAGGGAGAGUUUGACCUGGUGCAAAGGAUCAUCUAUGAGGUUGAGAAUCCCAGCACAGCCAAUGACGAGGGCAUCACCCCCCUGCACAACGCUGUAUGUGCUGGACAUCACCACAUCGUCAAGUUCCUGCUCGACUUUGGGGUCAACGUCAACGCUGCUGACAGCGAUGGAUGGACCCCACUACACUGUGCAGCCUCCUGUAACAGUGUACAUCUCUGUAAGAUGCUGGUGGAGUCAGGGGCGGCCAUCUUUGCCACCACCAUAAGUGACGUGGAGACAGCGGCUGAUAAGUGUGAGGAGAUGGAGGACGGAUACACACAGUGUUCCCAGUUCCUCUACGGGGUGCAGGAGAAGCUGGGUGUGAUGAAUAAAGGGUCAGUGUACGGGCUGUGGGACUACGAGGCCCAGAGCUCAGACGAGCUGUCCUUCCACGAGGGAGACGCCAUUACCACUCUGAGCCGCAGGGACGACGCUGAGACAGAAUGGUGGUGGGCCAGACUACAUGACAAGGAGGGAUACGUGCCACGCAACCUGCUAGGGUUGUAUCCAAGGAUCAAGCCUAGACAACGUUCUCUGGCAUAGAGAAGACGAUGCACAUUGCUGAGAAGAUAGUGCACGUUGUUGUGCUGGGACUGGGCUCAGAGCUGGAGCUGACUAGACUUGCAGACAGUGGCAGCGCCUGGACAGUGCCCUCUCUCUGUGUCAGUCUGUGCCACCCCAGAACAAAGGACAAGGGCCAGGGCAUGGACAGAGUGGCCUAUAUCUGGACAGACAGACAGACAGACGGACAGACAGACAGGCUCGGUAUUGGUGGUCACUUACCAAAUAGGAAGAAGAGCCAGCAUACACCACCCGUAGAUCCCUGUCUGCAUUUAAGGUUUCGCUUUUCUCCCUGACUAAGCUGACUUUUUCUCAUUGGUUCAUGAAGCAAUGAAGGACCAUUUUUACUUAUUUUUUUCAACAACUCCCACCGCCCUGCCACCACCCCUCAUUCAGAGAAUACUCUGGAUCUGGGCUUCCCAUUUCCCUCUCUCACUCUGUGUUUUUCUCCUGUGUGUCAGUCGAGUAAGGACUUGAAUGUGAUAAUCUCAGAGAAGGGAGCAGAGGACAGAGGCAGUCAUGAGUUAGUGAAUGUGGGUUUGAACUAAGUGCUGUUAGAUGAAGAUGGACAGUUACCCUGCAAGGCAAAUCUUCAGGGUUUCUGUGGAGGAAAGAAAGCAAGAGAUAAGAUAAUGUUUUUACGAGAUGAGAAAUGGACAGGACGAAAUGUGACAGCAGGUGUUAUUGAACGACUUUGAAGGCUGGUUAAAGCUACUGAAAGAGAUGUGGAAUGUUUAAAACAGUCAUACAAUGUUGGUUUUAUUUUUGCGAACCAAAAUGUGUUCUGAAGGAAUGAGGGGGAGAGGUAGUGCUGGGAUAGGAAAGUGAGAGGUGCAGUAUUUUCUUCUACAGAUAUAAUAACUAUGAAGCUAACUAUGGGUGUGAAUUGAAACUAAGCUCAU